AUGCGCCCCUUCUUGGCGGCCGUUCUGCGGCUGCUCGUUGGACUGUUCACAACCUGGUUAGGUCGCGUUUGGCUCAAGUUCCGAUCACCGUCAACCACGUGUACUGUUACGAUCGCGCCGGGUAAGUUGCGUGGUGUCACGCGGCUAGCCCAUGGAGUCGCGCAGUAUCAUUUCUUCAAGGGCAUUCCCUACGCCGAGGCCCCAGUGGGUGAUCGACGGUUUCAGGCUCCGGUUCCAAUGGAGUCGUUCCAACAGCCGGUGUUGGAUUGCUUUGUCGAAGGCAGAAAGUGUCUGCAGUACGAUCAGAUCCUCAACGUACGCGUAGGAUCCGAGGAUGGGUUGUUCUUGAACGUGCACACUCCGGAGUUACCGAAUGAAACCCCCAACGCUACUGCGAAACAGCUCCCAGUCAUGGUGUACAUCCACGGAGGUGGCUUUUUGAGUGGCAGUGGAGAUGCGUUCCUGUACGAUCCGGUGUACUUCAUGCCACACCGUGUAGUGAUCGUCACGUUCAAUUAUCGACUUGGCCCGCUUGGAUUUCUCAGCUUCCCCGAGGCCGGUAUCGCUGGUAACGCCGGUCUAAAGGACCAAUUGCUAGUGUUGGAGUGGGUUCAGAAGAACAUUGCUGCCUUUGGAGGCAACCCAGAAAAUGUGACACUGUUUGGGGAAAGUGCAGGUGCCAAAGCGGCCUAUCUGCAUUAUCUCUCACCGGUAUCCAGAAAAUACUUCCAUCGAGUGAUCUGUCAAAGCGGAGUCGCCUGCUCGGACUUUGCGCUUCAGGUUGAACCAAGUCUCAAGGCACGCAAGUUGGCCGAAUGUUUAGGCUAUCGUGGAUCUUCCGACACCGAAGCACUGGAAGUUCUCCUGAAAGCACCGGCAUGGGAGUUGUUUAAACAUCAACUAGCGACAGUGGGUGAAUGUGAACGACACCAGGAACUCCAGUUCCCCUUCCGUCCGGUCGUAGAAGGUGAUCAACCGGGUGCCGUAGUAACCCAGCAUCCUCUAGAUGCUCUGCAAUGUGAGCUUGUACCUCCAAUUCCUAUUAUCACGGGGUGUAAUAGUGGCGAAGGUAUGGUGGCACUUGCCAAAGCCAAACAAAAUCUAAACGAAUACAAUCUCCAUCCGGAACGGCUGCUACCACCGAUGCUACGUCUGCCUGUAGAAGUUAAUGCGACCGACCUGGGCCGUCAAGUGAAGCACUUUUACUUUCAAGAUCGUCCCGUCGGGCGUGACACCCUUCCUGAGCUGAUGGAUCUGCUGUCAGACAACGAGUACCUCACAGCGACGGUUACAGCAGCCGAGUUGAUGGCCAGACGCCAGCCGAAGGUGCCUCAUUACUGCUACUACUUCACACAUGAUGGGCGGCUAGGAAAUAUCAAGCGUUUGCUCAACAUGACACAUUUGCCAGGUGUGUGCCACGGAGACGACGUGUUCUACAUGUUCCACUCGGUGCUUAACACUCCGUUGGUGGAAACAGACAAUGAAACCUUCGUUCGUUACGCAUUUCUGACGAUGUGGAGCAACUUUGCUCACUAUGGAAAUCCUACUCCUGUCGACGGGCAUGCGACAUCGAAAUUGCCUCGGUGGGAAGCAGUUCAACCCUGUGGGAAAGAUGAAUUUACUUUGCGUUGCCUGCAUAUUGAUCGAGAGCUGCAGAUGAUACCGAAUCCGCUAGAGAAGAGGAGCAGUUUUUGGAGGGAUCUGUUUCGGAAGUACGGAUACGGAUCAAGAAAGUUACCGAAUUAA